UCUCCUAGCCUCCACGCUCCUCUCUCUGUCUCUCUGUCUCUCUCUCUCUCUAAACUCAACGGCUUUAAUUUGAAAUUCUUCGGCUCGCGUACGCGCAUAUCGGUGAUCCUGAUUAGUAUUAUUAUUUAAUACAACUUCCAGUAUUUCACAUUUUGAUAGACGGCCACCAGCCAAGUCGUCAACUCUCUCUCUUAGGGUUCGGUGGUGGGUUUUUCGAUUCAAGCUUCGUCAUAUUAAGGCCAGAGCCUCACUUGCUUGGCAAUUGGGAAGGAGGCUCGAAGCUGAAGUGGAAAAGAAAAAUUGGUGGGUAAAGUGCUGGCUGUGCUAGCAUGGCAUCGGGGAAUCCAUUUUUUGAUGACAUGCGGACCAAAUCUGAGGUUAUCGACCCCCCUCAAAGUGAAGACAUGUUGGUAAUUGAUGAAAGUGUGAAUGACGCUGGUCAAAAUGCAUUAAAGCCUAAUGCAACUGUUUCAAGCAGUGUCCGUGAGCUAUUGGAGUGCCCUGUUUGCUUGAAUGCUAUGUAUCCUCCUAUUCACCAGUGUUCAAAUGGUCACACAUUAUGUUCUGGUUGCAAGCCCAGGGUUCACAAUCGGUGCCCCACUUGCAGGCAUGAGCUUGGAAAUAUCAGAUGUCUUGCUUUGGAAAAGGUUGCUGCUUCUUUGGAACUUCCAUGUAAAUAUCAGAGUUUUGGUUGCGUGGGCAUUUACCCUUACUACAGCAAGCUAAAGCACGAAUCUCAAUGCGUCUUUAGACCCUAUAACUGUCCUUAUGCUGGAUCAGAGUGCACUGUAAUUGGUGAUAUCCCUUAUCUGGUGGCCCACUUAAAAGAUGAUCAUAAAGUUGAUAUGCAUAAUGGUAGCACUUUCAACCAUCGAUAUGUCAAAUCAAAUCCACAGGAGGUUGAGAAUGCCACCUGGAUGCUGACGGUUUUCAGUUGUUUCGGUCAGUAUUUUUGUCUGCAUUUUGAAGCUUUCCAGCUUGGGAUGGCUCCUGUCUACAUAGCAUUCUUGCGGUUUAUGGGUGAUGAUAACGAGGCCAAAAACUACAGCUACAGUCUCGAGGUGGGUGGAAAUGGGAGGAAGAUGAUAUGGCAAGGGGUACCGCGGAGCAUUAGGGAUAGCCACCGAAAGGUGCGUGACAGUUUUGAUGGUCUCAUUAUCCAAAGAAAUAUGGCACUCUUUUUCUCAGGGGGAGAUCGGAAGGAAUUGAAGCUGAGGGUGACUGGUAGGAUUUGGAAAGAACAGUGAUGGGGGAAAAGUUUCUCAUUUCAGCUUCUCAUCUUAGUGUAAUCUUAUAUAAUUAUUAGUAGGUCAAUCUCUUUCUCUCUCUCUCAGCUCAGCCGAGUCUUCUGGUCAUGUAUUUUCUUGGAAUUUAGGAAGCAAACUCUCUUUGCUUGUCUAUGCAUUAAGUACAUGAAUGGGAAGGCAUAUCACUUGUUUCAGAAACUCUGAAAUCCGUUUUAUACGGUAGUGAAUGAACCGUGCUAUUCAGCACAACCUCUGGUGCAGCUGAAUUCCACUUGGCAUGCUCCCAUUUGCCUUGAUUGAACUGAGUUUGUCAGGGCCCACAUGCCACCUGCACUUGUGUUGUUGCACAGGUUGUGCUGCAUAGCGCUUGUUUUCUUAGUUUCAA